AAUAAAAGCGUGCACUUUCCUCUGAGAAGCAAGUACAACAGGCUUACCAAAGUGGCACGUUUCUUGCAAGAAAAUCCUUCUUGUUUACUGUGUAAUAUAUUGCACCAUUACCUUCAUCAAGCAAAUUAUUCCAUUAUUGAGGAUGCCACCAUGAGCGAUGGCCUUCCUGCCUUAGUAACCUUAAAGAAGGGUCUAGUUGCCUUAGCAAGGCAAUGGAUGAAGUUCAUUGUGGUGACCCCAGCCUUUAAAGGAGUCAGCUUACACAGACCAACUCAGCCCAUGAAAUUGCUGACAAAUGCCUGCCACGAGCAUGAGGAUGGACUUGGAUUAGACAACGGAGGGGGUCUUCAGAGUGACACAAGUGCUGAUGGAGCGGAGUUUGAAUUUGAUGCAGCUACUGUGAGUGAGCAUACCAUGCUCUUAGAAGGAACAGCUCAUCGCCCUCCGCCUGCUGGUGGCUCUUCUGGGCCUGUAACUGGUGCUGAGAUCAUGAGGAAAUUAUCCAAGACUCACACUCACAGUGAUUCUGUUCUGAAAAUAAAGGGCAUACAUCCGUACCAUUCCUUAAGUUACACUAGUGGAGAUACAGCUACAGAUUCACCAGUGCACGUUGGCCGUUCUGGAAUGGCAGUCAAAGAAAGUCCAAGAAAAGAGAGUCUGCUCAGCUAUCUUACUGGGAGUUUUCCUAGCCUGCAUAACCUUUUGGAAGGGACUCCUCAAAGAAGUACAACUGCAGUUAAAAGUAGUUCAUUAACGAGAACAGGAAAUACUGUGGCCACAGACAUGUUAUCUGAACAUCCUUUGCUGUCUGAACCGUCUUCUGUGAGUUUCUAUAACUGGAUGUCAAAUGCUGUGGGCAACAGAGGAAGUGUAGUACAAGAAAGUCCGGCCACCAAAUCUGGACACAAUAGCCUUCCAACAGGUGUGGCACCCAAUCUUCCUACUAUACCCUCUGCUUCAGACUUCAACACGGUUUUGUCUAGUGACCAGAACACCCUGGAUGGCACACACUCGCAGCACAGCACCAGUCAGGAUGACAUUGCAGGUGUAGAAGAGGGUAACCAGGGGUUUCCUGCUGUCCAGCUAGCAGAUGCACAGGUUGUUUUCAAACCUCUUCUAAGUUACACGGGAAUUCAGUCUCAGGAUGCAAUGCCACUCUGCUACAGAAUGUACUUUGGAGAGUACCUUUCAUUCUCGGGAACUUUGGACUGCCUAAGAGCAGAUAUUGUUGAUUCAGAUACAGCAAAGGAAAGAAAAAGCAAGCGAGCCCGAAGGCAAGGAGCUGUCAAUCUUCCUCCUCUUGAAUUCAAACCAGCUUUGAUGUUAGAAACUUUCAGUAUUAGUGCUGUUGUAAUGGAGAAAUCCAUGUGCACACCUCAUAACUCCACCAAUGCCCUUUCUUUUCAUGACUUGAAUAAACGUUAUUAUAAUACUUUUCACUGCAAUUUUACAAUUUCUUGCCAGUCCAUAAGCCAGCACGUAGAUAUGGCACUGGUUCGUCUCAUUCAUCAGUUCAGUACGAUGAUUGAUGAUAUCAAAGCCACGCAGACGGACAUCAAACUUAGCAGAUACACAGCUGGAUCAGCCUCUCCGACACCUACUUUUAAAACCCGCAAACACAGAGACUUCCGCUCUUCUGAUUUCAGCCGAAGCUCUCGAGGAAGUCUUAAUGGAGGUAACAGAGUGAACAACACCAAGAACAAACGAACAAACAACGAGAACAAUAAAAAAGAGUCUCGAAACAAGAAUUCCUUGGGGAGGUCUGAAAGACGAACUUCUAAAGUGUCUAGGAAAGGUUCAAAAGAUGUAGUUGACCACAUGACUAUUCAUAUGGAUGACUCUGACUCUAUUACCGUGUCGGAACAGAGCGAACCUUCUGCUGAGUGCUGGCAAAAUAUGUAUAAACUAUUGAACUUCUAUUCACUCAUUUCUGAUCCAACCGGGAUUUUAGAAAAGUCUUCUGAAACUUUCGGGCCAACAGGUGUUCGAAGCCCAACCGAACCUGCUUGUAGAGUGGUGUUUGAGAAUGAACAGGAUAACGGCAGAGACGCGCAGAGGAAGCGCAGCCUGGUGACUUCGGAGCCACAGCAUGUGACACUCAUAGUCUUUGGCAUAGGCAUGGUGAACCGAACCCACCUGGAAGCGGACAUCGGCGGUCUAACGAUGGAAUCCGAACUGAAGAGAAUCCAUGGCAGUUUUACCCUAAAAGAAAAAAUGAAAGAUGUACUACAUCAAAAGAUGACCGAGACAUGUGCCACUGCUCACAUAGGAGGUGUCAAUAUUGUCCUGCUGGAGGGAAUUACCCCAAAUAUCCAACUGGAGGAUUUUCCUACAUCUCCUACAAGCACAGCCAAACAAGAGUUUCUAACUGUCGUGAAAUGCAGUAUUGCCAAAUCCCAGGCCCUGUAUAGUGCCCAGAGAGGGCUGAAAACAAACAACGCUGCUGUGGUCAAAGUUGGAGCCAUCAGCAUCAACAUUCCUCAGCACCCUGCCACACUGCACAGCAUGAUGGUGCGCAGCUCUCACCAGCUCUCCAAGCAGAUUUCGGAUCUCAUCAGGCAACCAUCGACUGCGCCCCAGCCUACCAAAGAAGAUGUUGCGACUCCUUUGCCCUCUGAAAAGACUCCAACAAGUAUUAAUCAAACACCUGUUGAAACAAAUGAAUUUCCACAGCUGCCAGAAGGCUUAGAAAAGAAGCCUAUAGUUCUUAAAUUCAGUGCCAUGAUAGAUGGUAUAGCUAUUGGAGCAGCGCUUUUGCCCUCUCUAAAGGCAGAAUAUAAGAUGGGAAGAAUGAGGAGUCACGGAAUGACAGGUGCCCAAACUAGAUUUAAUUUUGAGCUUCCAAGUCACAGAUUGCGCUUCACUUCAAAAGUCUCUGCCACUGAUAUGUCGACCAUUCCUCCUUCAGCGAGUCUCAACCUUCCUCCUGUCACUAUGUCAGGCAAAUAUAUCAUGGAAGAACACGAUACUUACUCAGACCAAAUUUGGAGCAUAGAUGAACUACCUGCUAAGCAAGGCUAUUAUCUGCAGGGGAACUACUUACGCUGUGUGGCUGAAGUUGGUUCCUUCGAACAUAAUCUCACAACUGACCUUUUAAAUCAUUUAGUAUUUGUGCAAAAAGUGUUCAUGAAGGAAGUAAAUGAAGUCAUACAGAAGGUUUCAGGAGGGGAGCAGCCAAUACCUCUUUGGAAUGAACAUGAUGGCACAACUGAUGGAGAAAAACCAAAAAUUCUUCUUUACUCAUUGAGCCUACAGUUUAAGGGAAUUCAGGUGACAGCUACAACUCCCUCAAUGCGAGCUGUGAGAUUUGAAACUGGAUUGAUAGAACUUGAACUCUCAAACAGGUUGCAAACCAAAGCAAUGCCUGGAAGUAGCAGCUACCUCAAACUGUUUGGGAAAUGCCAGGUGGAUUUAAAUCUGGCACUAGGACAGAUUGUUAAACAUCAGGUUUAUGAAGAAGCUGGCUCAGACUUUCAUCAAGUUGCCUAUUUCAAGACAAGAAUUGGAUUAAGAAAUGCUCUCCGAGAAGAAAUUAGCGGGUCAUCAGAUAGAGAAGCUGUGCUCAUUACUUUGAACAGACCAAUUGUUUUUGCUCAGCCUGUGGCCUUUGAUAGAGCUGUGCUAUUUUGGCUGAACUACAAGGCUGCGUAUGACAACUGGAAUGAACAGAGAAUGGCUUUACAUAAAGAUAUUCAUAUGGCCACAAAAGAGGUAGUAGAUAUGCUGCCUGGAAUCCAACAAACCUCUGCACAGGCUUUUGGGACCCUCUUUCUUCAGCUGACUGUCAAUGACUUGGGAAUUUGCCUGCCCAUCACGAACACACCUCAGUCUAACCACACUGCAGAUCUUGACACUGGCUCUGCUUUAGUCCUGACUAUUGAAAGCACGUUAAUCACUGCCUGCUCCUCAGAGUCUUUAGUUAGCAAAGGUCACUUUAAAAACUUCUGUAUCCGCUUUGCUGAUGGCUUUGAGACAAGUUGGGAUGACUGGAAACCUGAAAUAAGAGGAGAUCUAGUCAUGAAUGCAUGUGUUGUGCCAGAUGGUACGUAUGAAGUAUGUUCUAGGACAACAGGACAGGCUGCAGCAGAAAGUAGUAGUGCUGGAACCUGGACACUGAAUGUGUUAUGGAAGAUGUGUGGUAUUGAUGUCCACAUGGAUCCAAACAUUGGGAAAAGACUGAAUGCUUUAGGCAACACACUCACAACAUUGACAGGAGAAGAAGAUAUUGAUGAUAUUGCUGACCUCAACUCUGUAAACAUAGCUGACCUUUCAGAUGAGGAUGAAGUUGACACUAUGUCUCCCACUAUACAUGCAAAAUCAGGUGGAGGUUCAUUAUGUGGAGAUGCACGCAAGCUAACGUUUGGGCAGCGGAUUGUAAAUCACCUACUGGGUUUGAGCCCCCCAAACCAUCGAUACUCUGUUCCUGUAGAAUAUCUAUUGGGGUCAGCGAAGUGUGAUUCUCUUCAGUCUAGCAGAUCACACAUGAAAGCAGGCAGAUCCUGCUCAUGGGGACAUGAGAUUGUUGAUCACCGCCGGCAAGGAGCUUCUAGUAUCCAAACUGGAGAACAGCGAGGAAGAAAAUUUGUGAAACGUUUAGUUGAUAUUAGAGAACUCAAUGAGCAAGCUAAAGUCAUUGAUGACUUAAAAAAAUUAGGUGCAAGUGAAGGAACUAUAAAUCAAGAAAUUCAGCGAUAUCAGCAACUGGAGUCGGUGGCUGUGAAUGAUAUCCGCCGAGAUGUUCGUAAAAAGCUACGUAGAUCCAGCAUGAGGGCUGCCUCCUUGAAAGACAAAUGGGGUCUCAGCUACAAACCCAGCUAUAGCCGAUCUAAGAGUAUUUCAGCAUCAGGAAGACCACCUCUGAAGAGAAUGGACAGAACAAGCUCUCGACUAGGAGACAGUGAAGACCUCCCAGAUAUCCGUGUGGAUGCUGCGUCUCCUGGGCCAAGAGUAACUUUCAACAUACAGGAUUCUUUGAAUAAAACAGCUUUGGGGAUUGCACAACAAUCCAGCUGUCCAGGGGAAGGUUAUUUUCAGUUUCCAGAGGAGACAGAAAUGGACCUUUUGUCUGUAACUAUUGAUGGUCCCUCCCAUUACUCAUCUACUAGUGAAGGCUCAUGCUCGGUAUUUGGUUCACCCAAAACUCCGGUAGUCUUCUCACCCGGCAUUCCCUUCCAGCCUGAAGAAGGACGCCGGGAUGACAGCUUAUCGUCAAGCAGUGAGGACUCUGAGAAGGAGGAUGACCAUGAAAGAGAGAGGACUUAUUUUUAUAGGAAACCACCGAGUACCUCUCGCAAGAAAGCAACAGGCUUUGCUGCUGUCCACCAACUGUUGACUGAGCGCUGGCCCACAACGCCUACCAACAGAAGUAUGACUGGCACAACCACGGAGAGGAAUAUUGACUUUGAACUUGAUAUCAGGGUUGAAAUUGAUUGUGGAAAAUGUGUACUGCACCCUACAAUGCUUCAGCAAGAACAUGAUGACAUUAGUUUACGAAGGAGCUAUGAUCGGAGUUCCAGAAGUUUAGAUCAAGAGUCUCCUUCAAAAAAGAAGAAAUUUCAAACUAAUUAUGCAUCUACUACUCACUUACUUGCUGGCAAGAAAGUGCCGUCAUCUCUACAGACAAAAUCUAGUGAUGUGGAAACAACAGUGUUUUAUAUUCCUGGGGUGGAUGUAAAGUUGCACUACAACUCUAAAACUUUAAAGACUGAAUCGCCAAAUACUUCUCGAGGAUCCUCUUUGCCAAGAACCCUUUCCAAAGAGUCCAAGCUGUAUGGUAUGAAAGACACUGCCACAUCUCCUUUAUCUAGCACUAUCCACAGCAAGACUAACACCUUACUUCCUCCCCAACCCCCACCCAUCCCAUCAGCCAAAGGGAAAGGAAGUGGUGGAGUGAAAACUGCUAAACUAUAUGCAUGGGUUGCACUCCAGUCAUUGCCGGAAGAAAUGGUGAUUAGCCCAUGCUUACUGGACUUUCUAGAGAAAGCUCUUGAAACCAUUCCAAUUACACCCAUUGAAAGGAAUUACACAGCUGUUAGUUCACAGGAUGAAGACAUGGGACAAUUCGAUAUACAAGAUCCCUUAGAAGAGUCCACAACAUCAUUAGUAUCGUCCACAACAUCAGCAUAUUCAUCCUUCCCUGUAGACGUGGUGGUUUAUGUACGAGUUCAGCCCUCUCAAAUCAAGUUCAGUUGCUUGCCGGUAUCAAGAGUUGAAUGUAUGUUGAAGUUGCCUUCCCUGGAUCUCGUUUUCUCUUCAAACCGUGGAGAACUGGAAACGUUAGGCACAACGUACCCAUCAGAAAAUGUGUCAAUUGGUGGCAAUACUUCACAGAGUGGCUCAAAGAAUACAGUUAGUAAAUCUGGAGCACCAGGUUCAUCACCUGGACUAGGCAGCCCUCUUGGCAGAACACGGCACAGCAGCAGUCAGUCAGACUUGACUACUUCUAGUAGCAGCUCUUCAGGCCUGAGCUUUACUGCCUGCAUGUCUGACUUUUCCCUCUAUGUGUUCCAUCCAUACGGAGCUGGAAAACAAAAAUCUGCUGUUACUGUUUUAACCCCUGGAUCAGGAGCCUUAGGUAAUGUAGAUGAGGAACCAACUUCAGUCACUGGCCGGAAGGAUUCUUUGAGCAUUAACCUUGAGUUUGUGAAAGUCAGCCUGUCACGAAUAAGGCGUUCAGGAGGUUCCUCGUUUUUUGAGAGUCAGUCUGCAAGCAAAGCUACCAGCAAGAUAGAUACUACAUUGAUAAACAUAUCUG